CAACCCCUGUUGCCCCCUGUCAUUCGAGGUAUGCCCCGCAUUUGACCUGGAUGGAUGGGACUGCGGUGAACCCCACCAAUGCAACACCCAUUUCAGCGUGCAAGCAGAGAGCUCACCGAAACCGUGGCACCAAAACUUCCCGGGGAAGCGACAAGGUGAACCCACAUCAUCCUUACCUCCAACAUAUCACGUCGCCUUGACGCCUUCGCAAUUAUCUCGAGUUACCAACCGCCGCUGCGCGCCACACUCCCAAGCCGCCAGCCGACACUACCUACUUAUACCAAAAUAAUCAUUUGGGUACCGAAUCUCCAAACCAGCGCACGAAGAGUACAAACGAAGCGAUCACUACUUCGACGGUACAAUCCAGUCGCGCAGCACGCGACCACCGUCCCAUCAGACGUACUCGUCGUCCACAGCAUAAACCGGCGACAACAAAUAUGCCAUACUACGAAAAGUCAGAGGACUGGCUUCACCAGUCUGCUUUGCUGUUGCAGGCUAGGCCUCAGACUACCCGAGUAACAACCUCGUACUCUCUCCGCCCCGCCAUCCGCCCUUCCAAAGCUGAGAAGCUCGCGGCAAAGGAAGCUCGUCGCGCCAAAGAAAAAGAAACCAGCAGCAAAAAGACUCUCGCCGCCGCCGCCGCCGCCUCAACAGAAGAAGAACCCCCCAAGGAUGCGGCGGCGGCAAAACCACCCCGAGGCCAUCUGGUCCUCAAGACCUUCGACCCGCACUCGGGCGUGUGCCUGAAAUACAAGACGUCCAAAGCCGCCGAGGUGGGUCGGUUGAUUCAGAUGCUGGGACAAUUGGGGAGGAGGAUGGCUGCGCUGCCUGUUGACGAGGCCAAGGAGUCGGCAGACGUGGUGAUGGCUGAUGCGGCUGCUGCUGCGGCGGAGGAGGGUGCUGCGGCGGCGGCGGCGGCGGUUAGUGGGACUGCUACGCCUGUUGCGGGUGCGAGUACGCCUGCGCCUGCGGCAGGAGGCGGUGGACAGGGAAAGAAGAAGAAGAAGGGGAAGAGGUGAAUUUUGAGAGGGCACUGAGUGAGUGGGAAGGGGACGAACGCGCGGAUCGGCGGGUUGAGCGGGUAAAUGCCAUGAUAAUAAAGGGUGGGUAGAACCAAGUGAAUGAGGCAAGCGUUUAACAUUUGUAUGUGGUAACAUUUGUGUCAAGUGAAGUCUACCUUGGUUGCGCAUCGGCGAACGGGUCAAGUCAGGCGUCAUGGUCACUUCAAGUUCACGCCGAUACGAAUUCGCUGAUGUCUAUAAGUUCAAUUGCCAUGUCGUGUGGAGAGACCGAGCUCUGCCCAUACAUGUAGAAGCUACUGCCUAGAAGCUUCUUUUCUUUUUGUUUAUCAAUAAUCGACCAUCUUCUCAUU